UCUCUUAUGCACUACUUCAGUUGAUUAUAACCCUUUACAUCAAACAAGUCAAAUGACUCAAUCUCAAACAAUGUUGAAUAAUGACUUAUCAAAUGGUAUGAUUCCACGUCCAUACAAUUCUCAUUCAGAAAACCAUGAUGUAGUUCAGAGUAAUAUUAAACAGCGAUAUUCACAACAAUUUUCACAUACUCCAAAGUUGCAUCGACGAAUGGUAUCUUUACCAAAUGAUAAUAGUGUACAGUUAGUCAGUCAAUCCCUGUCUGACGGUAGUGUACACCUGGCAUCUUUUAGUGUUCCCUCUGACUCAGAAAGUGAACUCACAUCGAAUUCACAUUCAACUGAACAAUUAAGUUAUACUAAAUUUACUAAUGUAACAAAUAAUUCACAACAAUCCUCUGACAAUGCAAAUCCCAGGAAAGUACAUUUACCAGUAGAGGCAACAUGUAAUUUCAGGCCUACAAAAUGUAAUUGUGAUCCUUCAGCAUUCGUUAAACGUAAUGGAAUACCUAUGGAUUCAGGCACAUCAUCAAUAAUAACAACAACAAAUUGUGCUACUGCUAGUACUUUUGACACUAUCCCUGCAAACACUAAUAUUGCUGAUAUAUCUAGAAAUAAGGGAGAUGAUUUGGACAAAUUCACCAAUCAUAAUCAACUAUCUGACGUAAAUACAGAUGAUGAUGAUCAUAAUCAUUGUAAUUUUACCGGUAAUCAACAUGGUGUUAAGAAAUCCAAAAAGUGGAAAGUUGGACCUAAUGGCCUCCGUGUUCUAUCACUUGAUGGUGGUGGUAUGCGUGGAUUAGUGAUCGUACAAUUACUUCGUGCUUUAGAAAUAGCAUCUGGAAAGAAAAUUACAGAAUUAUUUGAUUGGAUCAUUGGUACUUCAACUGGUGCAGCGAUAUCACUAUUUCUAGUAUCUGGCAAAUGUUUACAUUGUUGUCGUACAUUAUUAUUUCGAUUUAAAAAUCUUGUCUUCUGUGGUAAACGACCAUAUCCACCGGAACCAUUAGAAAUGUUAAUGCGUGAUGAAUUCGGUGAUAAUACUGUAAUGACUGAUUUAAAAACAGUCAGAGUUGCUGUAACUACACUUGUCAGUGAUCGAUGUCCACCAAUAUUGCAUAUGUUCAGAAAUUAUAAAUCUCCCCGUACUCGAAUACAACAAAUUUUAGAAACACGUCAAUCUGGAUUAAAGUCUUCUGUGUAUCAACGAACAAACAGAAGAAACAGCGGAUUAACUCAUCGUCAGUCUACUUCCGCCCUUGAGCUUGAUCGUGAAAAUCAAUCUACAAAAUCAUCAACACUUUCAACUUCUCAAUCUAUUUUAAAUUUUUUCUCAAAUGCUCAGGGAUUGUUAAUAGGUAGUGAAACAAGUACCAACCUUUCAACAUCUGACACUGAAUUAAAUAAUCCGUUUGAACAACUGCCUGAAGAUAAUGAACAUCCAAUUUGGAAAGCUGCUAGGGCUUCAAGCGCUGCACCGACAUAUUUUAGACCUUGUGGGCGUUUUUUGGAUGGUGGAUUAAUUUCAAAUAAUCCAACACUAGAUAUUUUAACAGAAAUUCAAGAAUUACAACUUUUACAACGUUUAAAAAAUAAACCUAUAACUCCUAUAGCAGUGGUUGUUUCUCUUGGGACUGGACGGUUGCCUGUAAUGCCUGUAGAGACAGUGGAUGUAUUUCGUCCACAAAAUAUUAUGGAAACAUAUCGAUCUGUACGUGGUUUCGGAUUUCUUGGUCGUAUUCUGGUUGAAAUUGCAACCAUGUCAGAUGGUCGAGUCGUUGAUCGUGCUAGUGCAUGGUGUGGUUCACUUGCAGUACCGUUCUUUCGAUUAAAUCCUCCAUUAUCAACUGAUAUUAGUCUUGAUUCUACUGAUAGUAAAGAACUUUUACUAAUGAUUGUUGAAACUCAAACUUAUUUACGUCGAGUUCACGAACGGAUUGAACUGUUAGCUUCAUUGUUGCAAUAGGAUAUAUUUUUAUGUAGAAAUUCACUUGUUUUACAAGUUAUUUUUGAGAUAUUUAUAUAAUGAUUCGUUCAAUAUGACCAUUAUUAUCAAAUAAUUUAAUAUUUUUCAGCAUACAUACUUCCGUCAAAGUUUACGGAAAGAAAUAAGAUUUCCUGCUAAAAGUUAUUGUUCCAAUUUUUGUUUAUCUAUUCUUGACCUUUGUUUUCUAAUCAUUUACAAAGCUUUCGGAAUUUCUUUUUAUAUCUUUUAUUCAUCGUACAGAAUUGAUUUUAUUUAUACUUUGAGUAAUAACAUUUUAAUAUCUUAUUUUGUGAAACAAUUUACGUGAUAAUCAGUAUGCAUACAUAUAGACAUACUGUUUCAAACUUUUCCCCAUCAACUUAUCUAUUUUUUUU